UUCUUGUUCCACUCUCAGUUUCUCGGAUCCUCCUUCCCGGGGUGACUCCGCCUUCCCUCGCAACUCGCUAACCAUGGCGAGUCCCGCCACACCCACCUCGCCGCCGAGCAAGCGUUUGAAGAAAGCCCUCGACGACGACGACGAGGAGCGGCGCCCGAUGGGGGAGGGAAACGGCGGCGGUGACGGCGACGUGCGCUGCGGAAUCUGCCUGACGGAGGGGGGAAGAGCCGUCCGAGGCCGAAUCGACAGCUGCGACCACUACUUCUGCUUCGUGUGCGUCAUGGAGUGGGCCAAGGUGGAGUCCAAGUGCCCCAUGUGCAAGCGCAGGUUCUCCACCAUCCUCAGGCCUCCGAAAGACGGCGUCUUUGCCGGCGAAAGGAUCGUGUGCGUCCCGCCUCGUGACCAGGUAUAUGAUCCCCAUGGAAUUGGAUCUUUUAAUCCUUAUAUGGAAACUCGGUGUGGUGUCUGUCGAGGCACACAAGAUGAAUGGUGUCUGCUGCUUUGCGAUCUCUGCGAUUCGGCUGUUCAUACUUAUUGUGUGGGCUUGGGUGUCACUGUACCCCAAGGGGAUUGGUUUUGCCAUGACUGCGCUGUUAUGAGGGAUGAACAUGCGAGAACUGAUGAAGGAGAGAGCUGCAUUGGACAUGUUUCGAUGCCAUCAAUUGAGCCGCGAGUUUCGAUAUUCGAUAUCGUAAGAGACGGCAUUGCCUCUAACAUCGGGCGCCCCACUACAACAAUGUCGUCACCUUUAGACUCGAAGUGCUGCCGUACCUGAAAGUGGAGAUGGAAUUGAUGGGGAAAUGUCCCAAGAAGGCGAAAGAAGGGAUCCCGGUGUUGCAGAAAGAGCAGCGGAAUAUUCAGGUGCAAGAACUCUACAACGAUGUCGUGAUGUGCAUAUUCGUAUAAAGGCACUUCGUGAGAACUGGGAUGCACUGCGACAUGGUUCAUUGAGCUUUCAUUCAGGUAAUGUGGAGUCUGUGCACGGUCAGAGUAAAGAGCAAGACCAUAAUAAUUCUGGGCACGACAGAUUAGCUCAGCCAUCCUCGAGUCAUCAACCAUCGGAAGAUGAAGAUUCUGUGUUAGGUUUUGCUCCCAACAACAAAGAUAAGUAUGGUAUCACCAAAGCAUGGAAAAUGAUGGAUAGAGCCAAGUCCAGACGACAAGCUCGUGAUUUAACAGGUAGUGUUCGCCAUGUAGCAAACAAAUUGGUCGGGAAAGGAAAUGCUCCAAAAGUAGCCAGUCUUAAUAUUGGUCACUUAGAAUUGAGGAAUCAAGUAAAUAAAAGUAGCCAUACUGAAUGUGCAGCAGCUUUGCAGCAUAAGGUCAGUCAUGCUGGUGAUAAAUUGUCUAAGCCUAGAUCUGCAGUAAUUGAUGGGCAGAAACGGAAACGAUGCCCGGGAUUGCCUCCUUCCACAAUGGACCAAGCUAGUUUGCAAAGGCAUGAGUAUCAUACAAAUGGAUCAGUCAGAACAUCAUGCAGCAUUACUUACCAAGAAGACAGUUGUCCUUCUUUGACAUCUUCUGCUGGUUCGGUAUCGGGAUCCUUUAGGCCUAGAUCUCCAGUAAUUAAUAGGCAGAGACAGAAAAGAUGUCCAGGCUUGCCUCCUUCCACAAUGGACCAAGCUGGCUUGCAAAGGCAUGGGUAUGACCCAAAUAAAUCUGUCGGAACGUUACACAGCAUCACUUACCAAGAAGACAUUUGUCCUUCUGUGACAUCUGCAGCUGGUUCUGUGUCUGGAUCCUCCAAUUCUUCUCCUGCCACACUUGCGGCCAGCAUUGCUUCAUCACAGAAUUCCCAGGGGAAAGGAGUGCUGGAAGAGGCUCAUGUAGCUGGCCACUCUAGAAGAGGUGAUGGCGCAAAAAGUGAAAUCCAAUCUCUUGUCAAGUUCAAUUUGAAACUGCUUAGCUGCAAUAAACGGCUCGGAGUUGAUGCAUUCAAAGAAAUCGCCAGAGCGGCGACCCAUACCAUACUGGCCGCAUGUGGCUUAGAGCGGCCUAAGUCUGUCAUUCCCAGGUCGGUGUGUCGUCACACCGACGACAUUCGGAGGCUCCACAAGUCCACUCUCAUGCCUAAUUCCUGCAGAGAGUGUUUCUAUGUCUACGUAAAGACCGUCGUCGACACCCUUCUGCUUGAGAAGCUAAGUGAAGCUAAUUAAAGGUCUUUUUUUUUCCCCAAUUGCCUCUGUUGCUUCUACAUUUAUCAGAGUCACCAUGGAUUUUCAAGGGAGAAUUGGUGGGCUCUUCACUUUCUCCAGAAUAGGGUAGAUGCAUAGAACUUGGAAUCUAUA